AGUGAGCCUCGCUUCCGUUUCUACCCCGGCGGCGGGGCAGUAAAUGGGAUGCUGUGGGAAUGUUCGAGGCGGGCUCUUCAGGGAGACCCAGGUGUUGGGGCAAUGUCCACGGGAUACUAGCUCUUAUCGCUACAGCAUUAUAACACAUCAGCAUUACGCUAGGCUGAGCCAUUUUGGUCGCACUUGUCGACGUCUCUCUCUCGCUCUCUCUCCCCCCUUUCACACUCCCCUUCCCUUUCUCUCUCUCUCGGUUUGCAGCCGUGUAAAAGAGCCCACGCGGAAGUUGCUGGAUGGCAGCUCUCUCCAAGAAGUUCACAAUGAAGACCAUCGCCUUUCUGCUCCUGCUGUUGGCUGUUACCUGCAGGCUCGCUUGGGGAGAAGAAAAUGCCAUCGAGGAGCUGCAGGUGGAGACCCUGGUGAGUGAGUGAGUGAGACAGAGAGAGAGGCUCAUUUUUACUCUGCCACACUGCAAUAAUAGAGCAGCUCUUACACAAAAACACCAAAUGAAUGCUCUCUAGCGUUAACAGUGAACUCCUCUGACCCUAAGGUGAGACCCGAAACUUGCUCUGUACUUUCCAGAAUGGGAGACACGCUAAAAAUUCACUACACGGUAAGACAAACACACAUUUUCUCAUUUUGAACGUCAUUUGUUCACCAUGUGUGUAUUUUAAUUCAUCUUAUUCAGAUGCAGUUAUUGUCUAUGUGGCACCGUCUUCACUUGCAGACCGCAGCACAGUCACACUCUGGAGCUGAGUGUGAACCAGUCUCAUAGUCUGAUGGAUAGAUGAGGGUAUAUAUGACAGAUAACAUAUUGGCUUAUUGUGGUUUGGAGUGCGCCAUUGUGCUUACUUGGCUUCGUAGCGUGAGCUCGAUAAGAUCGCCUCUGGUUUUUACUAUGAUGGGGCGGUGCAACACGUCAGCAAUAUCAGCUCCCUCGUCUGUCAGUGGAGGAGCACUUCAGUCCAGGCAUAGCAGUGCAAUGGAGGGUUUUUUUUCCAGCCUGCACACUUGUUGAAUUUUAGAAGUUUUGUUUAUUGAUUUGCAUAACACAGCAAUGUCCAUGUGUCACAGCUGUCAUUUGUGAUACAGGUAUUAUAUAACAGUGAAAGUGAACCAGCUAAGAACCUUCAUUUACCCCCCACUGGAAAAAAAAAUCUGGCAACACUAGACAGACAUUCACACCAUCUGGCUUUUGUAAACAUUUAAGGGUAAAAAUAUACUAAGUUACUCUAUUCUAUGUUAGAACUGGUAACACUAUCACUAAAACUAUUAACACCAUCACUAUCGCCGGGUGAUUUUUACCUGGAAUAAUAUACUCAAGAAAAAGUACUUGUCAUCAAAACACAUCAAAAUAGGACAAUAUAUGACAAAUUAAAGUAGUUUUCUUUUAUUUUUAACCGUGUAAUGUCCAAACGGAGGGGGAAAAAGUGCCAUGAGGGGACUGUAUAAAAAUGUAACAAAAUCACUGAAAUUAGGCAUUCAUGAACAAAAAAUUCCUAAAACUAUAUAUGUAUAGAAACUGUAAACUUAGUUUCUUUUCCACUUAUUCCUGGAGCAUGUCAGUCUUCACUGGUGAAGACUCAGGGUCCUCGGCACAAUAACAGCUGCAAGAGAAAGAACCAAAAUAUGGCAGAUUUUGAGUGAGUAAAAAUAACCAGCUGACUCAAAUAUUUCUUAUUACCAUAUGAAUUCCCUUGAAAAUCACUUUGUGAUAGUUAUUUAUAACCACUGUACUAAAUAAAGAUAGCAUACAAAUUCCAGGACCACUCUUAACUGACCUUAUUCCCUACAUGCAGCUAUCAAAUCCACCCAAACCUACUUACCCUCUAUCACUAUUGGCAGGUGAAAAUCACCUGAACAAGUGCCUGUAGGAAAAAGCAGGUUUUGGAUCAAGUAAACAAAUAUGCCUUCAAAGAUGUCAAAGGUAAUGCUAAAGCUACCCAGAGACCCAUGAUACCCAGACAAACGCAACAUAAUUAAAAUCACAUAAACAUGUUUGGUCGGGUGAAAAUGACCCGGCGAUAGUGUUCUAGGGUUAAGAUGGAUGUAUCCUCUUCACUAAUCAGUGUCAUCUUAAAUAAUAAUGCAUUGUAAUCUGCAAACAUGAUAAGUGACAAACAGUUUGUCCCUUUUCAUUUGGAUAUGAGCCAGAUUUUAAUCAUUUAUACAACACACUUUAGACACAUUGUGUAUUUUGUCCAGUCAUAGGCGCAUUACUGUAAGAAAUCCUAAUGACCUCUGCAGUAGCAGAGAUGGUCAAGUAUCAGGGAAAGGUGUCUUUGAGCAAUAUUUAUGACACUAUCAGUUAGAGAUAGGCCGAUUAACUGGUCGGCUGAUCAGUCAGGCCAGUUGAUGGCAUUUUGACGCAAUCAGCAUUACAUUCACAUUGGCCCUCACAAGGCCAAUAUCGCUGUUAUCUUUCUGAAUAAAAACGCAUUUGAUAGCUUAUUAAAUCGAAUAAAGGCACUGGCUUAUAUUUAAUAUAACUGAUGUUAUAAUGUUGACAAUAAUGCAUUUUAGUAAAACUAAUGUGAUGAUGUUUCACUGAGCCAAUUAAUUUUCCAUCUACAUUUAUUACAUAAAGCCUCAAGUUCAGAAAUUGUGUUUGAUUUUUUUGUAAGCAUUAUUAUCAGCACAUAUAUAAAUAAACAACGAUGUGAUAUUGUCACUAUAUAUCAGCCAUUGGCCAACCUGCUCCGUUAUUAUUGGUAUUAGCACUGGCCUUUGAAAAACUUGUAUCUGUCCACUACUAUUGUCAAUCACCAGCCAUAAGCUGGGAAGAGUUUUGAGCAUAAAAGAUCUUCGCACAGCACCCUAAACAGCAGGAUUUAUUAAUGUGUUGUCUGCCAUACAUUGCCUCUUGUAGUGUUUCUUUUUCAGUCACAGUCUCAUGUGUCACAUUGUUCGCCUUUUGUCUUCAGGGUAAACUGAUGGAUGGGAAAGUGAUCGACUCAUCACUAUCCAUGGACCCUCUUGUUGUUGAGCUGGGAAAAAGAACAGUCAUUCCUGGUAAACGAACAGUAAAUCCCUUUGCAUGAUUUAAACAGUGGCACUUUGACAUGUUUAUUGUAUGUGAGAAAUUACUGCAGCCUGUUGUGUGCCUACUUUGGUGAUUGGCUUUCUUGCUUUUUUAUCUUCUCAACAGGUCUAGAACAAAGCUUGGUUGGUGUGUGUGAAGGGUAAGUCGUACAGCCAGAAAGUCGUGCAAUACAUGUACUCUGUAAUCUCAUUGUGCACACAUGAAUGUAUAAUAAUUUUUAAUGGAUUCUGAGGGAUACUUCCCUAUGGGACUAAUUCUUACCUCUUUUUCGUUUCUUUUUUUUUUUUCAGGCAAAAAAUCAAAGCCACUAUUCCAUCUCACCUUGCGUAUGGCAAAAAAGGUUACCCUCCUACAAUUCCAGGUACUAAAUUAAUUCAUCGAGAAUCCAGACUAAUUCAGGCAGGGUACAUGAUUUUAGUUUUUUGAUUUUCCUGUUUAAAGAUCAAAUAGUUCUACCAGCUAAGUUUGAUUGCAUCCAGAAAAACGGUCACAGGGAGUAAAAGAGGCUAAAUAAAUUAAUUCUCUGAUUAAUUUCAUCAAUACAGCCGUUUUUCAAUCUUUGUAGAAGGAAUUUAAACUUGUUUUAUUGACAGUGGGAAAAUGCAGAGGGUAUCGAUUGAAAAAACCCUCUUUCAACUAUUUAUUUCCUGAAUCUACUGCCUGUCUCAAGAGGAAUAUUUGGACAAAUGCCCAGUAAUAAAACCUGCAAUUUUUGUUGUCAAAACAGACCAAAGAAAUACAGGGAACUAUCAGGCUUUAUUGGUGCUCAGAUUUUGAGACCUACAUACCCUUGAUCAAACAGGGCUGUGCAAUCCUAAAACAGCAAAACACUGAAAUUAGUAAGAAAUACUAUAAGAUUAGUCAAAAUUUGUAGGAACUAUUUUGAGAGGUGACUUUAAUCAACACUGAUGAGCAUUUACAGUAGCACGGCAAUGUCUUGUAAUAAACCACCGUGGUGAAAAUAAUUUUGAAGAAUGAAGAAUAAGAAAUAGUUUUUUUUAGAUAGAAUAUAACCACACUGAAUUCGAAUGUUAGUCACUUUACCUUUAUUUUAUUUUUUUUGGUAUAUUGUGUAUUUUUCUUUUACAAUUCAAAGAAUAGAGAGAUAAACACUUGUUGGAUUGAAAACACUGACCAUGAAUUUGUUCUAGGCGAUGCUGUUCUUGAGUUCGAGGUGGAGGUUGUUUCCCUGACGCAGCAGACGCCGUGGCAGAAAAUGGUCAAUGAUGUGUUCCCCCUGGUGUGUUUGGCCCUGGUGCCCACUCUACUCGGCCUAGUGGGACUUUACCUCUACAAAAAGGCUAAUGCUGAGAAGCCAAACAAAAAGAAAGCAAAGGACAAGAAGAUCAAGAAAAAAUGAGGACAAAGACCAGAACUAUUUAAUAAAUUUUUUAAUUGUAUGGCGUGUGCUCAAUGUUUAUUAAGCAUUAUGAUCAAUUUUGCUUCUAUUAUGUGUAUCUACAUUUGAACCUCAAGGUAUUUUAUCAAGUCAAGUACGUUUUUUUUUAACAAGCUAUCAGAAUACAAUCCCCAACAAUAAUAGAAACUAAAGUGUAUGAAUUAUUUUUAAGCUUAUAAAGAUUAUCCAUUAACAUUGCAUGUGUUCACUUGCAUAUCAAGCAGUGUUUGUCCCUUUGUAAGCCAGCAUCAUAGCCACAAACUCUGUACAACACACACACGCACAAACACACAAGCCAUCAGAUGAUCCCAUGUUGCUUAAUUGUGGCUCCGUAAAGUUUGAACCUGAUGACACCGGUGCUUUAACAGGACUAAUUUGAAUUUCAGUGGUGUUUUCAGGCUGUCUGGGGGGCAGGGGCUGGAAAAUAAAAAGGGUACCUGUUGAAUACCAUACAUACAUCACAGCUCAGAAGGUUGUGAUCAGUAAAGAUCUGCCUCUAGCAGUGUUUUAA